UCAUGGCGGACGAAUUUGACUCUGAUGGCAGGUCACAUCAACACUGACGUAACGAUACCCUUGGAUGUCUAUGCUGCCUAUUGUGUACUAAAUAUUACCAUUCAUUCGGACUGGGGCGAAACUAUGUCUACUUAAGCUGUGGGAACUUCCGACCAGAGACAAUCUCGGAAUUUUACUCCGUCCCUUUCGCAGCCAUGUCUAAUUUGCAUAGCAUGACACCUUGCGACACUCCCAUGUCGCUUACGGACUUCUUAUACUGAGACAUUGGCGAGGAACAUUCAGAAGUGUUAAAGUACUGUGAGCCACGCCUUCGUAUUGGACAAGCUGCUACCACAAGUGCGACACGACGUUUUCGACUACCAACCAGCAUGGGCCAAAGGAAGUCUAAAAUCGAGGCCAAGCCUGUCAACCCUAAACUAUUCCAGCGGCUUUCCACGAGGAACUUAUUAUUUGACAACCCUGCCGCUGAAGAAAAAUAUUCGGACUACGAUUUUCCCUUUGAAAAUCUGGUGUUUGAGGGCGGCGGUACCAGAGGAUUGGCCUAUGUCGGUGCAGUAAGGGUCCUGGAAGAAGCAGGAGUUAUGAGAAAGAUCAAGCGGUUCGCAGGGGCCAGCGCAGGCGCAAUGAUGGCAGCCAUGUUGGCUCUCGGGUUCAACUCUCAGGAGAUUGAGGACUUCCUACAAGUGGACCUUAGUAAAGAAAUGUUGGACCACUCCUGUGGUUACUGCAGCCUUCUCCCCAACAUACUGAAAGGCUACGGCUGGAACCCUGGGAACGGGCUCAUGGCCUGGUUUGGGAACAUGUUACAGGAACACACCGGAAACCCGGACCUCACAUUCUCACAUAUGUACAAGAUGUUCGGCGUUGAGCUGUGUAUCGUCGUCACUAACGUCAAUCAAAUGGCGGAGGAAUACUGCCACGUCAAGACUACACCUGACAUGCCGAUAAGACUGGCCAUCAGAAUGUCCAUGUCACUACCAGGAAUCUUCCAAGCCGUUGAACACAGACACAAAGACUACAGCUACCAAGACUACUACAUAGACGGCGGCCUGUUGGUUAACUAUCCUAUUCACUGCUUCGACGGUUGGUGGCUGUCCAUGGACAACAAGGAUGCCUUCCUCAACAGGCUGUUCCCGCUAGAUAGACUCGCUCAACUCUUCGAGAAGACCGAAAGAUUCGGAACGCACAACCCAAAGUCACUGGGAAUGGUCUUGUUCAGUACGUUUGAUGUUGAGUUCAUGCAUACGGAACUGUCCAAGAGGUUAGGAGACCGAAAGCCAGUCAGACCGAAAACAAAACUCUCAAAACAGCGCACGAAAAAACAGCACGAGAUGAACGAAGCAGCGAGAAACCACGAGGUAGUGCACAAAGCUGUCAACAACUUCCUGACUGUCUUAGCGGAGAAUAACACCAACAAGGACGACAAGAUUGAGCUGAGAGAACUGGAACUAGUCUUCAAGAAGAUGGACCAGGCGGGCGCUCGCUUCACUCAGGAGGACGCCUCAGUCCUGUUCGGAGAGAACGUGGAUCCAAUAGAAGUAUUUGCGGGUCUGGACAAAGAUGAUAGCGGCUUCAUCACGCAUCAGGAGUUGGUGGCGUUCUUAGAAGAGAGAGGAUUUAACUUCUUCACGCAGUUCCUAGGGUACAAGCGGCGGCCCAUCGAGUCCUUGGGAGGAUUCUUGGAGACGAUCAUUGAGGCUGUGAUGAUCUAUAUCAAGAGAGUUUACAUUGGGGAAAAGGAUGUUCAUCGGACGAUUGGAAUAGACACGGACUACCUACCGGGUACCGACUGGAAGAUGGAACAGGAUGACAAAAAGUUCCUAAUUUCGCAAGGAGAACGGGCUGCCAAGGCGUAUCUGCGGGAAUGGGUCAAGGUUCACAAACUUACCAAGACUACAGAACCCGACCUGAACGACAUCACCGAGGAGGCUGAGACCCAGUCUAGUACCGAGAGCACCAUUGCUCAAAGGAACCGUCGCAGCGCGUCCUCUCAGUCCGGAUCCACGUCGUUUGUAAGUGUGGCGAGCAGUGACUGAUUGGAUGCAGUGGAAGACACGUAAUCGCACAACGGAUUACCGCACACUUCUGGUAAUUGCACGGAAUCCCCAAAUCCCAAACUGGCGCAGUCCAGUGGAUAGCUUCGCAUUGUUGCACCACCCGGAUGAUUGCACGAAAUACGAUAGCAAAUGGCAUUAAACGGCAAAGUAUAACAUUGUAAGAUACCCUUUCCACUAGACAGCUAUCACUGUGUGAACGCAUAGCCAAUUCGACUUUUGUGACUCUCUAUUUCAUAUUUGUAUUGCAUGAUAAGAAAAGUGUGAUUCUAAAACACAGCAUAACACUCAUAAAAUGUUAUUUUUUUAAAUUACUUAUUGUAGUCUAGUGGAAAGUAUGUCAAUCCUGUUAAUGAGGGUAAUAACGUUUAGUGGAUCACAUAGUUUCAGAAUAUUGUUUACAACACAUGGAAACAUUGCACAGUAUUUUGUUUGUCCUUCCAGUUAAGAAUGUUUAUCUGAACGUUAUAUAUCCACAGUUGUAUUUUAUCAGAGUAAGGACAGUGAAAAGAUAUGGGGCACGCACAAACCAAAGCCACUGUCACACAUAGCCAACCACAGCCUCCCUACCUUCUGACCAUAGUUGGGAGUUAGUCGUGACGAAGGUCAUUUGUGUUCAAGGUCAUCAAAGUUGAUCAGCGAGGUCCUGUACUAGUCUUUGAAAACGGCCUGCACUAGUCUUUAAAAGUCAUCUGCACCAGCUGCACUAAGACCCAAUUUACACUUGUUAUUUUGACUGUAGCACUACACAUCGUAGUCUACUAGUACUGUAGUGUUGUGUUAAAAAUCAGAUGUUGAAAAGUUAUGUUCUAUUUGGAUGCGAUCGAAGGAGUGGAGGGAAGGGUUCCAGUCUACUCCCGACCCAGAGCCGACCGUGGUUGAAGAGUCGUCGGGAAAAAGUCGAGAGAAGGUUCUGACUGUUAUACAAGCAGAGGUAUAUAACUGUAGUAGUCGGAAAAUUUACCGGCUCGCUCCUCUCCCCUCUGCCUCAAAACGCACCGGGGCGGGGCUAUCCUUUCAAGAAAGUGUUAGUACCCCGCCCUGCGAAGCAUAAACAAUCUUUAGGCAAAAAGUUUUAUUGUCCCGGAUUAACGCGAAUCCUAUACAAUGAUCUUUAUUUUGCAUGUUCCUGGCCAUGUGGGCUAAAUGCAGAAAUUCAGUUGUGUUACAUGGGAUACUAAAGGCU